AUGGGACAGCAACAAUCCUCACCAAGCGGGCCAUCACAGCCACCAAAGGACCAGCAAGAGAAGAACUUGAACUUAAAAAAGAAAAAGAGGCUGAGGGGGCCAGAAACGCUCUCAAAGCUUCCAACUGUCUUUCCACAAAGCAAGUGCAUGCUGCGCCAAAUAAAACUAGAGAAGAUACGCGACUACUUCAUGCUGGAGGAAGGCAUUCUUUCCUACCACCAAUCUGCAUCUGUCAAGGAAGGCGAAGAAACCUUCACAAGUGAAAGGGCAGAAGUGGAUAAGUUCAGAGGGUAUCCAAUGAACCUGGGCACACUAGAAGAAUUCAUUGAUGAAAACCAUGCAAUAGUCAGCACAGGCUCAGGACAGGAAUAUUAUGUGCCAAUAUAUUCCUUCGUGGAUAAAGACGCACUUGAGCCAGGGUGCACGGUGCUUUUAAACCACAGGGAAAGUGGAGUGGUCGGGGUGCUAGAAGGAGAGACAGAUCCUUUAGUGAGUGUCAUGAAAUUGGAGAAAGCACCAGUUGAGACAUACGCAGACAUAGGUGGACUAGAGCAGCAGAUACAAGAAAUAAAAGAGGCAGUUGAGUUGCCCCUCACAAACCCAGAACUGUACGAUGAAAUGGGAAUAAAGCCACCUAAGGGCGUAAUUCUAUACGGUGAGCCAGGAACCGGAAAGACUCUUCUGGCAAAAGCAGUGGCAAACCAGACAUCUGCAACCUUUUUGAGAAUUGUUGGGUCAGAGCUUAUACAGAAGUAUCUGGGAGACGGCCCAAAGUUAGUCAGAGAGUUGUUCAAGGCAGCAGAGAUGUAUGCGCCUACAAUUAUAUUCAUUGAUGAAAUUGACGCAAUUGGGGCAAAAAGGUACGACACAAAUUCAAGCGGAGAGAAGGAAAUAGAAAGAACCAUGUUGGAAUUAUUGAACCAGCUGGAUGGGUUUGAUACCUCCUCGGAUAUAAAGGUGAUUAUGGCAACGAAUAAGAUUGAGAGUCUGGAUCCUGCGCUAAUUAGGCCAGGGCGUAUUGACAGAAAGAUAGAGUUCCCUGUGCCGGAUAUUCAAACAAAGAGGAAGAUAUUUGGGAUACACACGACUCGAAUGACACUCUCCAAGGAGGUUGUCUUGGAUGAAAUGAUUGGAACAAAUGAGGAUUUGAGUGGGGCUGACAUAAAGGCAAUUUGCACUGAGGCUGGGAUGCUUGCGCUCCGGGAGAGAAGAAAGCAAGUUACCAUGCAGGAUUUCACAAAGGCCAAGGAGAAGGUGCAGGCAACGAAGUUGGAGGCUAUACCGACAUCCUUGUACGCUUAA